CGAGAGAGAGGAGGAACUGGCGGAGGGGCUGGCUGUUUGUCGGUCGACCCCACUGCAUAGGACACACGUGUGGACGGUGAUCUCGCUUCUAGACAUUUAAAGGAGCACAAAAGCGAACGCCAAAGAUCCCCACAUCAAAGCGCGAGGACCAUGUCGACGUCAAACGCUAAUUUCAAGAACAAGUGUGUCGCCCAAGUUAACUGCAUCUUUUGUGACAGCCUGCUCUGUACGAGAGGCAUGAAAGCGGUGCUUCUUGCAGACACCGAGGUUGAGCUGUUUUCCACGGAUAUACCUCCAAAUAGAACUGUUGACUUUGUGGCCGGCUGCUACUCAACUGAAAGCUGCAAGUGCAAAUUGAGAGACAUUGCGUGUCUCAAGUGCGGCAAUGUAGUGGGCUAUCAUGUUGUGGCCCCCUGUAAGCCUUGCCUGCUGUCCUGUAACAACGGACACUUCUGGAUGUUCAACAGUGACACUGUUUCCACUCUCAAUAGACUGGAUGCAACAGGUCUCAAUCUGCUCCUCUGGGGAGAUCUGCCCGAGCUGGACGACAGUGAGAACGAGGAAUCAGAAAGCUCAUCAGAGGAAGAGUGCAUGAGGUAAAAAUGGUCAUGGAUGACUGGGGAGGCUUUGCAGCAGCCAACAAUUGGGAGGUGGACUGCAGGAGUCGGAGACAGGGGAGACCUUUAAGUGUAAUUUAACUCUUAAUCUCAUAAGCAUUAAAAAAAAAAUGCUGCUUUGUUCAGGCUCAAAGAGGCCAGUGGGGGCCUCAGGCCACGCCCGAAUCAGUGAUGUCAGAGCAGGUGUUUGGCCUUAGACUGCUGGUGGAACACCUGGUCUGACACACGGGUGAUUAGUUGGGCCCGAAGGACGGCACAGUCCAAAGGUUAAAUCCACAGAAUACAGCACAUUGGUUGUGCCUUCUUAUGUAAGACACACACACCCCCUUUUAGAAAAAAAAGGUUAAAUUCCAGCUGCACCAGUGAAUUACCUCUUAUGAGUACUGUUCAUCUCGCUUCCUGCGGGUGGCAGUAAUCAGCAUUUGACUUGAAGCAUUUGAUACAAAUGGUUCACUCUUUAACCCUUGGCCAUUCCUAUCAUAUGACCCGAAAUGUUUAACGAAAACAGACAUUGUCCCCCCUGAGGAAAAGAACUUGUGCUGUGUUAAUCGAGAUAAUGAGUAAACGGAUGAAAUGAAGAACUUUCCUGCUAGAGGUGCACUUGGAAUAAUUUCAACCGCUCAUUACAUUUUAUAUGGUGCUUAGAUUAAGGUUGACUUUCCGACAUGAUAACACCAAACCUGGUGUAGUGAUGAUCUACUUUUAACACGUCAAGUGUGGCAUUGCGACUGAACCAGUGUAUUAAAAUAAAAUAUCACAGGACAUUUAAAGGACAUUGGGAUGCUUGGGUUAUAGAAAAUGAUGCUGUAAAGUAUGUGCGAUGCAUUCAUAUACUGUAUAUGCAAGCACAUGUAUGCCCCAAGUGUUACUUGAUGCGUAAUGCUGUGACAGUCUGAAAUGUUUAGCACAUAAUGAAGCAGGCCUAAUGUUUGUGUGACUUUGUGUUGUGUGUAGCAGCAUCACCGUAGCGCCUCAAAAAUGGGAAAUUAACACCCCAAAAAAAAAUAUGCAAGGGAAAAAAGCAAAAUAUUGAAUGAAUUGGUUUCCAUCUAUCAAUGUACUUUGGCGAUCAUAAAGCAGUGGACUUUCAAGGUUAAAUGCCAAGAAGAUGGAUUUCAAAACAGGAUUUCUCAUAGGAAAUUUUGAGGGAAAUAUUCUGUUCCAGUGUUAAACAGUCGCCAUCUUAUUAACUGUACAGGCAAGUAGGAUUUGAACAUUCUUAACAAUCAUGCAAGCUUAUUACGGUUAACACUGGAAACAAAUUAUCACCAUUGACUUUACAGAACGUUAUAUGUAACAUUUUCACAUUUUUAUUGUGUAAAAAGUUAAUACCAUGCCAUUAUAUUAAACCAAUAAAUUAACAAAAUAAUGAAUAAAGGGGUGUAGUAAAUUUGCCCCAUAAAUCUUUUUAACAUGAGUGUAUAAAGAAUUUACUGCUAAUAUAAUUUGAAUGUGUUGAAAUAGUGAAACACUUUACUUUUGAAGAGAAGUGACGUAACAAGCUAGCCAGUUGUCAGCUGGACAUUUGGAUCAUUUUUAUCUCUGAGAAAUUAGUUCCAUUACCUAAUUGUACGACCACUGUGGUGUUUACAUUUUGAGGUUUUGUUAUAACCAUGGCAUACACUUGGGGUUCGGUAGGUCUACGCUGUAGUUUCAGCAGCAUUGGACACUUUUUAACAUAAUUGGAGCUGCUGUUUUCCCUGCUACCAUGCUAACAUGCUAAAGUUAGCAUUCUUUGUGUUCUUUGCCUGUAUCGAAGCAAACAAGAUUUGGGUAUAGUCUGCAGCGUGUCUUUGUGUGAGCGUGCAGGGUGGCAAGGCAACCUCAUCCUUAAAACUGACAGUCUACACUCUCCACAACAAAUAAUCUAAUUUGUAGUAAAACUGCCACAAUUAUUAAGUAUUAAGUCCUCAGGCCAAAUACUUGCAACCAUACGCUUUCAUUUUGUUUACGAUUGUUUACGAAUGCAUUGGUUUGUAAUGUGCUUCUUAAUGUAUUUUGUAUUUCAUUUCUGAUGUUUUUAUUUUGAUGGGGUUGGAUGUAUGUUUAGUUUUACCUCAGAACAGUAUCACUUAUGAGCUUCCUCUUGCUGGGACAAUAGUCACAUGAUAAUCACGAAAAAAAAAAUGUAAAACUAUUUAAAUGUUUAUGAAGUGAAGAAUUUCACUUGCCCUGCUGAAAAUGUAUAUUUUGGAAUUGCACUGAAACUGCCAUGGUAGUUUGGAAAAAUGUUUUGUAUGCUUGUUAAAUUAAUAAACCUUU